CCUAGGAUUGUUGUAGAUUUUCACCCUGUCCAUGUGACUCCCUCUCUGUGUGUUUUAUCCUCUUACUGCAGCUCUUCUUCUCACUUCAGAUUAGCACUGACUCUGCACAGGUGUCUGUCUUCUGGUCUGCAAAAAGAGCAGGACCGGCAGCUGAAUUAUGGCGAGUCCCGAACAGAAAGUGGUCCUGAUCACUGGCUGCUCCUCUGGGAUUGGUCUAAGAAUGGCUGUGAUGCUGGCCAAGGAUGAGAAGAAGCGUUAUCACGUAAUAGCCACGAUGCGUGACCUGAAACGAAAGGACAAGCUGGUAGAGGCUGCUGGAGAUGCAUAUGGGAAAACUCUUUCUCUUGCUGUGUUGGAUGUCUGCAAUGAUGAAUCUGUCAAACAAUGCAUAAACGGCAUCAAAAAUCGACACAUAGACGUCCUUGUCAACAAUGCAGGUAUUGGCCUGGUGGGUCCAAUAGAAAGCAUUCCUAUCGAAGAGAUGAAGAAAGUAUUUGAGACUAAUUUCUUUGGAGUCAUCAGGAUGAUCAAGGAAGUGAUGCCGGACAUGAAGAAAAGAAGAGGAGGACACAUCAUUGUAGUUAGCAGCGUGAUGGGACUACAAGGUGUUGUGUUUAAUGACGUCUACGCUGCUUCCAAGUUUGCCAUGGAGGGUUUUUGUGAGAGUUUAGCUGUGCAGCUUUUGAAGUUUAACGUCAUCCUGUCACUGAUCGAGCCAGGACCGGUGCACACAGAAUUUGAAGCAAAGAUGAUUCAGGAUGUGAAACAGAAGGAGUAUCCUGGAGCGGAUUCUGAUACUGUGCAUUACUUCAAGAACGUCUAUCUUCCUUCUUCUGUGGACAUUUUUGAGGCAUUUGGACAAACACCUGAUGACGUUGCUAAAUGCACCAAGAAAGUGAUCGAAGCAAGUCGUCCACGUUUCCGUAAUCUGACCAAUCCGCUGUACACGCCAAUAGUGGCACUGAAGUACGCCGAUGAAACUGGAGGGCUGUCUGUUCAUGCUUUCUACCACAUGCUCUUUAACAUGGGGCCUGUGAUGCAUGUCAGUAUGGUUGCCAUGAAGUAUCUAACCUGUGGAUGUCUGAGGAGAAGGACAAUUUCACCAAACUGAAAGCCAACGUAAUUUGCUAAGCACUUUCUCCUAAACACAACCAAUUUUAAUUCACAGUCCAAGAUCAUGCUUAAUAUAGUAAAUGGUUUCACAAUAUUAUCCUAUGUAUAACAAUAUAAUCCUGUGUAUAACAUGUGCUUAGAGACAAGAUUGGGGUUAAAUCCAACAAAAUUAGUCAUUAUCUUCAGUGCCAAAUUAAUACAGCUUGAUAAUAAUAAUAAAAAAACUAAAAAAAAAACUAAUGAAGCAACCAGAAUGAUGUGACUAAUGAAGAAAGCAGGGAUUAUGAACAAAAAGGGAAACAAACCACUGCUAAGAUAGUAAACAAGAAAGAUUCAAAGUUUAGCAGGAUUAAACGAGGGAACAAAUGGGAUUAUAGAACAGGAAGAAGGCGUGAGCCUCCAGAUUUUUCAAGUUUUUAAUCUGUUUUCUGCAAAAUGUUUUGUAAACAUUUGGAUUUUGGCCAGCAUUGCAGUGAUGUUGUUGGUAUUUAAAAAUAAGGACACAUCAACUAUGUCAUAACUCUUUUUGAGCUGGAAGGUCUUAUAUAGACAGGUGAGUGCUUGUCCUAAUAAACUGCAGUCAGUUUAAUUAAACACAGCUGGACUCCAAUGAAGGGGUAGAACCCUCUCAAGAAGGAUCAUGGGACAUGGACAGCAUGAGUGUCACAGAAAAGAUUCUGAAUACUUAUUACCAUGUGAUAUUUCAGUUUAGAUUUUUUCAUAAAUUAGCAAAAAAUUCUACAUUUCUGGGGUAUUUUCUGUCAAGAUGAGAUGCUGAAUGUAGAUUCAUGAGAAAUAAUAUGAACUUUUUUGAUUUCUGUAAAUGGCUGCAAUCAUUUCCGUACCCACUGUAGGUAGCCCAGUCUCAGUCAUCAUGACUGUAGCAGUUUAUAUUUGCUGAAACAAUAUGCAAUGUAAAAGAAGACAACAAUUGACAUUUUAACCAAAUAGUUAGAAUUAAACAUCUUUUAGAUAGCUAUAUUAGUGGAUAAUAUUACUAAAGUUGUUUCAAAUGUGUU